AUGGCGGAUGUUCAAACUCUCGCCCUCACCACCAAGCCCUCGGCACAGCUAAGCUACAGCUACCAGUCUCCCCAGGACACCUCGAAGCCCGUCCUGGUCGUCUUUCUCAAUGGUCUCGGGUUGCCUCAGGCUUUCUGGCAACCGGUUAUUGCGCAACUGAAAGCUCUCCGCCAGGAUAAACCCACCCCAGCCUUCCUCACCUACGAUCGAUAUGGCCAGGGCCAGACCACCGAUCGCGAUCCCUCGGAUGCCGGCGCAGAGGACCCCAUGCACGGUCAUGACUGUCUGACCGCCGUCCGCGACUUGCGCCAGCUCAUCACCCAGAUUGCCGCCGACAAACUCAGCGCUGCCGAUGUAGACUCCGUCUCUCUUGUUCUCGUAGGCAACUCGAUCGGAUGCGCUCUCGCGCGAAUUUACGCUCAAGAAUACCCCGGCACCGUGGCCGGUCUACUGCUGCUGGACAGCGUGCUGGCCAACUCAGACUUCGUAUCGGUCUUCCCCGACCCCGAUGCCCCCGAUUUCGAUCCCGCUAGCCUUGGGCCCCUCCCUGUGGAGGCCAUUCGCGCCGUGCGGGCCGGUGCGCGUCGCAUUUUCCACCCGGAUGUUGGCAGCAAAGAAGGUCUCAGUCGACGCAACCUGCGUGAGUUACUCCCCGCCAGUGACGGUCCCUUGCUAAAGGGCCCUGAUGGCCAUGGCCCCUACGUCACGGUGGUGGGGCAUGACUUUGAUGCCUUUGCGGAAGAAUCUGCCAAGAUGGGACCCCCGAAGCCUGUCACCAACCGCUUCGUCAACCCAUACUGGCAGAAGUACAACGAGGGGUUGGCGAAGAUUACUGAGGCUGAGUAUAGCAAGGGGCCACUGCAGGCGCCCCAUGCAGGGCACUUUAUCCAGAAGGACAACCCGGAGUUUGUGGUGCAGGAGCUAAACGAGCUUCUGGGCAAGAUUCUGUAA